AUGACGGGCGCAAACAACAUCAGAGGCCUCAUGGGCAAAGGCGCCCCGCCAACACCAUCCCUCUUCUCCAUCGUCCGCGUCGCCGUCCUCGUCCUCUCGCUCGCCGUCCUCGCUGCCUGCGCGUACUGCCUGUCGCUACUGGGCGCCUACUCGAGCAGCUAUACCGGGCCGCCGGGCUUCAUGCUCUUUGUCGUAUGUCUUAUACUUCUCGAUCCCCUCUCCCGCACCCUGAAUCAACAACCUUCGAUCCCAAUUAUCAGCCAGGUAGAUCACUUUACUAACCGCAAUCGUCGUGAUCAGUCUCUCUUCACUCUCCUCGUACUAGGCGGCGCCAUGAUCCUCGAGCGCUUCGCGGCGCACCUCUACUUCCGCAUCGCCGUCCUCGUCGGCUAUGGCACGAACUGCCUGUUCUGGCUGUCGGGCUGGGCGUGGUCUGCGAGCAUCGCGGCGUUGUUCCUGCGUGAUACGUGUGUGCAGGGGACGUGUUUUGGGCCGACUACGGAGGAGAAGCGGUAUGGGGGUAGUAUGGCUGGUGCUGCUGCCGUCGGUGCAGUGAACUGGGUCCUGAUGACGAUUGUGCUGUUUUACUACAUCAAGGGAUGUCUUUCUGACCCGGAUUGCUAUGGUGUCUCGACGGGCCAUGGGUCGGAGAUGGGGAGUAUCAAGGCCGAGAGCAAGUCGCGGUCUCAGCCGUCUGUCAACGAGGCGUGA